CUUUUGCCUGGAAACUUGAACGAGUCAAGAUUUCCAAGUCUUCAGCUCCUCAACUGCUAGGAAUUUGCAAGCUGGAUGCAAACAAAAGCUCUAUAAAUUCAAAGAACUUCAACAAGUUUUAACCACACAAGCUCUUCCCUUUUCCGAGAAAAAAAAAGAAAGAAAACAGCAGCAGUGUUAUAUUCAUUUGUUUGGGCAUGCAGACGCUUAGAAAUAUAAAACUGCGUCGUCUUGCAAGUAACACAUCUCUACCACCAUCUUCUUCAUUCACUCAUCUUCCAAGAAUGAGGAGAUGUCUCUCUCCUGUAUCUUCCUGUCUUGCCUUUUCAACAGGCACACUUCUUCUGGCCUCUCUCUUGCUCUCCAUGAUGAGGAGUUGCAGCGACAGUGGUUCAUCCUUGAUCAAGAAUUUUUCAGCUUCAACAGCAUCAUUGACUGUUAACAGAGCUAAGGAGAUUGGAUUACUCAAUGCAACAGAAGAUUUAUAUGAUGGAGUUACUGUAGAAAUGAAAGAGCCUAUGGAAUCUGAAGUUUUUGUUUCGUUACUCAGAGCUUCCAUGUCAAAAUGGAGGCAACAGGGGAAGAAGGGUGUCUGGAUCAAGUUACCCAUUCAACUUUCCAGCCUUGUAGAACCUGUGGUUCAGGAAGGAUUCAGGUAUCAUCAUGCAGAAUCAGAUUACUUGAUGCUGGUGCAUUGGAUACCCAAUACUCCUGAUACUCUUCCAGAAAAUGCCUCUCAUAGAGUUGGAAUUGGGGCUUUUGUAAUUAAUAAUAAUAGAGAGGUACUUGUAGUUAAGGAGAAGAAUGGUGGAUUUAGAGGUACUGGUGUUUGGAAAUUACCCACUGGGGUAGUUCAUGAGGGUGAAGAUAUUUGUGCAGCUGCAGUAAGAGAAGUUAAAGAAGAGACAGGUAUUGAAACAGACUUUGGAGAAGUUUUAGCUUUCAGGCAAACCCAUCAAUCCUUCUUUCGCAAAUCAGAUUUAUUUUUCAUUUGCAUGCUACGACCACGCUCUUUCGACAUUCAAAAGCAAGAUUCAGAGAUCCAAGCUGCUCAGUGGAUGCCAAUACAGGAGUAUGUGGAUCAAGCUUAUAAUAAAGAACACCAGGCCUUCAAAUAUGUUGCUGAAAUAUGCAAAAAUAAGUCAGAGGGAGCAUAUGUUGGAUUCUCUGCCAUGCCUAUAUCCACAUCUUCUUCUGCUAAAAAUACCUACUUGUAUUUCAACAACCUCAAUUUUAACAAAUUAUAAGACCUUCCUUACGUAAAUCCUUGUGCUCCUACUUCAAAAACAAAGUUUUUUUUUUUUUUUUUCAAUUUUGAAUUUUUUUAUAAAUUGCUGUAAUUAUAUUUUAAAAAUUCAGAGUUAAAU